GCGUUUAUUCAAGAUUACGCUCUCAGGACCUAUAUUAAAAAUGGUUUGCGUGUUUAUCAAUGAAUAAGCUCUUCAUCGAUUUGUGAAUAAUUAUGUUAAGUCAAUAUGAUAUUGAAAAUACGAUUGAGUUUGUUUACUGUAUAUCACCUUGGCAACGUAACUUUAACAACUAUUUUGGCGCAUAAGUAAAGCUGCAAAACCAAUUUGAACUAAAGAACAAAGUUUGGUUAACUUCAACGAAGCGAUAUUAUAAACUUGAGAGAAAAGGUUGAGAAGGAAACUUAGAGACCGUGGAAUGGGCUUCUCAGUGGCCUUGUACUAGCAUUCGGAAAUCUUUGUUUGUUAAUGUUCGUUUGCACGAGUUUUAAGGAACUUGGCAAGAAUAUUUGAGAGUUGAAACCCAACAUCGCAUAUAUCUUGGAAACCACACAGAAAAAAAUAUGGAGGCACCCAAAGUUAUUCUUAGUAAACCAGUGUCGGAAUCUGAGACUCCAAGGUUCACACAAUCUGGAACUGCCAAUAAUGCUACUGGCCGGGAUGGAGACAGAACUCGAAGCUCCUCGAUCGCUUCUGAAUUCCAUGGCAGCCCUCAGAAGACGGAAAGGCGAAAACCCUCAAUGUCCAACCCAUAUUUUCAUUCCUCGCCUAGGAAAGCGUCCAUGAACUAUGGUCCAAGGAACACGAGUGAUACAGUGGACUAUCAACCGAUGGGAAAGGGAAAGGACGGACUACAUCGUCAAAUGGCACUUCAACCAACUUACCGAACCGAGCCGCAAGAAGACAAGAAGUUCGCACCACAUGUCGUUAAGAAGAUCAUGGAUGUUGCUUUGGAGGAAGCGGUUGAAGGCAUGAACCAGUACGAAGCAACGAAAUGCAAGGCUCUCAGUGUCUCGGUAUGUGAGGAUAUCAAGCAGAAAGUAAAAUGGCUGAACUAUGAAAGAUAUAAGCUGAUUUGUGUGGUCUAUUUCGGAUCUGUCGGUGGACAGGAAUUGAGAGUUACAAGCCGAUGUUUGUGGAAUGAAAACUUUGAUAACUUCGCGUCAUCCAGCGUCGUAAAAGGGGAUAUCUAUGCUGUUGCAUUGAUGUACGGCGUAUACCAGGAAUAAUCACCAAGUAUAUGGACUUGUAAGAGAACUACCAUACCGUAAUACCGUGGACCUCCGAAAAUAAGCCCUGCACUUUUACGACUCAAAUUCUAGGGAGCUUAGUUUUUUCGGUAGGGCUGAUAUAUAUUUUGAGAGUUUUGCGGUACGCUAAUUUCUUUACUAUAUCAUAUAAUAUUCUAUUCAGUCUUGUUUUGAAAAGACAUUUGGCACCAUUUAUACCGAAACACGUAUAGAUUAGGACAAACUUUUUAGGAAUUCACUUAUAAUCAAAAAAUUAUAAUAAAAUGGCAUAAAGAUUGAAUGAAUUCUAAAAUUAGUACAUUUUGUGGUGUAUUGGAAAUUUGGUUUCUGAUUCAAUUGGAAUCCGACAUUUUAUUAAUACAUUUAUAGUGAUACACCUCUAAAAAUGCGGACCCCUUAGUGGACUCCCUUUAUAAAACGUACAGCUAUAGUUGCACGGUCCAAAAAAAAAAAAAA